AUGGCUCAACAAAAUGCGCUCUCGAGUUGCUUUCCGGAACCCUCACCCCUGGCUUCAACGGCUUUGCCCCCCAUUCAGCUUGGACACCCGCGCUCUCCCUUUCGUCGUGCGCCCAUCGCCUGUGUCAAGCCGGCGCCCCGUUUCAGCACCAUGGACAACAACCACGUUGUCGUGUAUCCGGGCAAACGGGCCGGCCUUGAUUUUGACAACGCCGAGCGCCUGGCCGCGUUCAGCCGUGAAAUAGAGGCCUCCCUCAUGCAGUCAUCCCAUCCAAGCUCGCCCGAACAGACCCCCACCCGUCAUAUCAAUGCGUCAGACAGCUCGCCCGCGACCAACGUGUACUACCGCGACCACGUUGUGCCCUCCACUGACCAAAACGGCGAGCCCUGCGAGCUGCACAUUUCCGUUCCACAGGCGACAGCGCAAUCGCGCCCCAAAAAGCCUCGCAAACCCCGCAAGAAGAAAACAACCACCCUUCGCUGGGGUUCUGAUGAAGAUCGCCGUCUGCGCGACCUCGUUCAACAGCGCCAAGCCAAGACAACCCUUUCCAUUGAUGAUGAUCACUUCUGGUUGGCAAUUGCCCAAAACAUGCCCGGGCGCGACGCCUCCCACUGUGCCGCUCGCUGGAAAAACAUGCUGGACCCCACUCUCAUCAAGGGCGCUUGGACGCAAGAGGAGGACGAUCUUGUGAUCAAUCUCGUCAACAAAUACGGCCCUUGCAAUUGGACCAAGAUUGCGCAGCAUCUCAAGGGUCGGAUCGGCAAGCAAUGCCGCGAGCGCUGGCACAACGCGCUUGCUCCCCACCUCAAGCGUGGGCCUUGGUCUGAAGACGAGAAGCGCACCCUGAUUGAUGCUCACGCCCGCCUCGGCAAUCGAUGGGCGGAAAUCUCCAAGCUCUUGCCCGGCCGCACGGAUAACCACUGCAAAAACUUUUGGAACUCGAUGAAGACGAAAAAGGUCAAGUCCAUCAAGUCUUCUCUGCGGGACGGUGCUGAUAUGGGCGAGCGUCUGGCGCCCGCGUCGGGCCGCCAAGGCGUCAACCGAUCCAAUCUUGCCGCACAAUCGCCAGAGGCCUCCACCUCGCUCUUGGCCAAUGCCGGCCAUCCCUCAGCCAAACGUCGCAACUCGGCUCGAAGCCGACUUGAUAACUCAACCAACGUUGAAGUGCCUGCUGCAUCACCCUCCAACUCGAGCACGGCAGCGGCUGUGCCAUCCACUUUGAUCACCAUGCCGGCACCCGCACUGGCUUUCCCCUCGACGCUUCUCUUCGAUCCCUCCCUCUUGGAUGGCCUGGGGUCACCCGAGCCAGUGUCCAAGCGCGCACACAAGGCAUCCUCCAUCUCGUCGGCUGCAUCGUCUUCCUACGACGUGGAUGUUGUUCUGACGGGAUCACCAGAAGCCGCAGCCAGCUAUGACGAUCCGGAACAAUCGCUAGCCGAGGUGCAGGCCGCCAUGGCUGGCCCCGAGGACACGCCUGAAUUUGAGGAUGAGGAAGAUGAGAACGCGUUUGUCCUGCAUACGCCCGUCCGGAAUCCGGCGGGCAAUGAUGAUCUGCGCCUAGGCGAUCAUGCUCAUAACGAGGAGACGCCCAACACCCAUCUCAUCUCCGUUAGCUGUGAAUCCGACGAUCAGUAUCAACUGGCGGGCGGUUUGAACAGCCUGAGCACGUCAACCUUUGCGAAUUUUCCUUUGUCGCCCGUGCGCGGCCGUCGCAUGCUCAGCCCGUCCUAUCCUCCGUCCCCUCGUCUCAGCUGGUCCCCGCUGAUUCGCGGUGCCUCUGGCUUUGACUCGCCCAGCAAGGUCAUGUCGCCAAAGUCCAUGCUUAGCCUUUCUACUCCAACCUACCUGCGUGCGGGCCCCAGCGCCUUCAUGUCUCCCAGUGAUCCCAAUCCCAACAGCACUGGCAUGCCCAAGACACCCAUCCAAUUCAAGCGCGCUCUGUUGCAGCUCGAGCUCAACGACGUGUAA